AUGUUUUCGGGGGAGACUAGGCAACUGACGCUUGCAGGGCUGCGGCUGUCCCUGGGGAAAAGGCCCUUCCGUUCGCGUCCUUGGUCCAGCGGCGCAGCAUCGAGGAGAUUCGCCAGUGGCGGCACCCUGAUACCCCAACUCACCAAGGAUCGAUACCCCGACGUGUGUAGGGGCGCGUUCAGCGAGCUCACCGACCGUCACGUGGGCCACUUCAGGGAACUGCUAGGGGCCGAUAGGGUCGUCACGGACGAGGACGAAUGCGAGGGGUUCAACGUCGAUUGGAUCAAGAAUGUCAGAGGUUACAGUAGAUGCAUCCUCAAACCGAAAACUACAGAAGAAGUAUCCAAAAUAAUGUCGUUCUGCAACGAAAAUUCCAUUGCCGUUUGCCCGCAAGGUGGCAACACCGGUUUGGUCGGUGGUUCUGUGCCGGUAUUCGAUGAAGUGGUCAUUUGGACCGGCUUGAUGAAUAAAAUUAUCAGCACCGAUGACACAUCAGGGGUUGUGGUUUGUCAAGCCGGAUGUAUAUUGGAGAACCUGGACAAUCAUCUGGCUGAAAUGGGGUUGAUGAUGCCCCUGGAUUUGGGUGCUAAGGGCUCCUGUCAUAUAGGAGGCAACGUUGCCACCAACGCUGGCGGAUUGAGGCUGUUGCGAUACGGGAAUUUGCAAGGGAGUGUACUGGGAAUCGAAGCAGGUUAAAGCUGACGGAGAAGUCAUCGAUUGCCUGAGUACCUUGAAAAAGGAUAACACCGGUUUCCAUCUGAAACAUCUCUUCAUAGGAUCCGAAGGAACAUUGGGAAUAGUUACAAAAGUUGCCAUACAAUGUCCUCCGAAACCUAAGGCUGUCAAUUUGGCCUUCUUAGGGCUGAACUCCUUCGAGGACAUCCUGAAGACGAUGAAAAGGGCGAAACGUGACCUGGGCGAGAUAAUCUCCUCGUGCGAGCUCGUCGACCAUCUCAGUCUCGAUGCGGUGACAGGGAAUCUGAAAUUGAAAUCGCCCUUGCCCGUCCACCCUUUUUACAUGCUAGUUGAGACGCAGGGCAGCAAUUCUGAACACGACGAGGAAAAGUUGAACGCAUUCUUGGAAAGCGUCAUGGAGGACGGGCUGGUUGUGGAUGGAACGACGACGAACGAAGUCGGCAAAAUGAAGUCCAUAUGGGAUUUGAGGGAAAGCAUCACAGAAGGACUGAUGCACGAUGGAUACGUGUUCAAGUACGAUAUAUCGCUUCCGACUGAGCAUUUCUACUCUUUGGUGCCUGUGAUGUCGGAAAGGCUCGGUGAUGAUGCUUUGAGAGUAUGCGGAUACGGACACGUAGGUGACGGCAACAUCCACUUCAACGUCACCGUGAAAGAAUUCACGCAAGAGGUGCUCAGCAAAGUGGAGCCGUUCGUGUACGAGUACACGGCUAAGCUGAGAGGUAGUAUCAGCGCUGAGCACGGUGUCGGGUUCAGAAAACCAAAGUACGUGCACUACUCGAAGAGCAAAGAAGCCAUCGAGAUGAUGAGGCAACUGAAGACGAUGAUGGAUCCCAAAGGAAUCCUGAAUCCCUAUAAAGUGUUGCCACCAAUCGGGAAAAAAGGGAAAUAG